UGUGAGUACCAGAGAGAGAGAGAGAGAGAGAAUGGCGGAGAGAGAGAAAACAGCCACUACCCCGGCUGGCUCUUCUCCUUUCCUGGGGCUGCAUCUGGCGUCUCCUCCACAUUUCAGGCUCACACACGAUAUCACGCUGGAGGAGUUCGAAGAUGAAGAUUUAUCGGAAAUCACGGAGAUCACAGAUGAAUGUGGGAUCAGUUUGCACUGUAAUGACAGCCAGCGCUGCAAGAGCCGCCUGCGUUCGGAGCCUGGUCCAGCCCCAGGAGGAGGGGGAGCUGCCAGUCGGAUCCAGGCGGAGAUGCUGCAGUUGGACUUAAUCGAUGCUGGCCAGAUCACUGAAGAGGAGACUUGUCCCUCUGCUGUGUCCCGACCUCUGGCCCCUCCAUCGAUGGACACCUACAGACCCAAGAGACCGACCACCCUCAACCUCUUCCCCCAGGCGGCGCCACGGACCCAGGACACCCUUAAUAAUAACUCUUCGGCGAAGAAAUAUAGUUGGCAGGAUCGUGUGUCCCGCUCCUCAUCUCCACUGAAGACAGGCGAUACCACUCCCUCCAAUGAGCACGUGUGUCUGAGUGACGAGGGAAACCUGCCAGCUGUCACACAAGACCGAGGCACCUCCACAGAUACCCCCUGCCGGCGCCACACUUCCACCCAAAGCACCACGGACGCUUCCAACCGUUCCUCCAGCAGAUGCCGCUUGGAUCCCCACCGAGACCGUAUCCGUUACCAGACUGACGUGAGGCUGGAGCCCACAGAGGAGAUUUUCCUGACUCCUGUGCAAAGGAGCUCGGACCCCCCAGAAUCUGACAGAGCCUUUGUCUCACAAGCUGGACCCUGCCGCAUGUCGGUCAGCUCGGACGCAGACAUUAACGUUCGCACAACUAAUGGGGGGCGUCAGCAGCUGUCCAUAAGCGAGGAGGAGGAGGAAGGGGAGGAUGGGGUGGGAUACCUAGGGUGCCCAGGCAGGGGAACAGGUCCUCAGGGCCUUCAGAGGGCUUCAGUCAGCUCAGACACCAGUGGCCUAUCUUAUGACUCUGUGAAAUACACCUUGGUGGUGGACGAGAAUGUACAAUUGCAGUUGGUCAGCCUGAGGCAGUGCUAUGGGGGCUAUAGCGACGACAGCGACAGUGGCACUGUGUAUGACAACUGCGUCUCCUCCCCCUACGAGUCUGCCAUUGGGGAGGAGUAUGAAGAGGAGGAAGAGGAAGAUAACAUUGGAGGUGCAGGGAGGGAAGGUGACCGGGUUCGAAGGUCCAUGUGCCUUUCGGAAUCUUCAUCCCCAGACGGGGACAUCUCCUACUCCAAAAAGUUCCUCAAUGUCUUCAUGAAUGGGCGUAUGAGGUGCACCGGCGCUGAGUCCUUUGGGUUAUUUUCAUGCCUGAUAAACGGUGAGGAGCGGGAGCAGACCCAUCGAGCCGUAUUCAGGUUCAUGCCCCGUCACCCCGAUGAGCUGGAGUUGGAGGUAGAAGACCCUCUGUUGGUGGAGGUUCAGGCGGAGGACUACUGGUAUGAGGCAUAUAACAUGCGCACUGGGGAGCGCGGGAUCUUCCCUGCUUACUACGCCGUACAGGUGACCAAGGAGCCGGAUCCCAUUGCAGAAAGCCGAGCGCCUAAUUGGGUGGAUCAGUUCUGGUUGAAGUUUCUGGGUUCUGUGCAGGUUCCGUAUCACAAAGGGACUGAUGUUCUCUGCACCGCCAUGCAAAAGAUCGCAGUAUCCCGCCGCCUAACGGUCCUGUCCAAUCCCCCGGCCAACUGUAUCCUAGAGAUAAGCAUGCGAGGAGUGAAAAUUGCGGUGCAGGGGGAAGACCCCCUGGAUCACAGCCAGGUCAACACAUGCAGUCACUUCUUCCAGCUAAAGAAUAUUUCCUUCUGCAGCUAUCACCCCAAGAAUAGCAAAUAUUUUGGCUUUAUCACUAAACACCCUUCUGAUCAUCGCUUUGCUUGCCAUGUUUUUGUCUCAGAGGAAUCUACAAAGCCCUUGGCAGAGUCUAUCGGAAGAGCCUUCCAGCAGUUCUACAAGGAGUUUGUGGAGUAUACGUGUCCCACAGAAGACAUCUAUCUGGAAUAACCACGCCGUGUACCGAGGGAACCUUGUUCCGUGCAUGGACAUACUGCUCAGGUGUGAGCGACGGAGGGCAGGGCGCUGCCAGGCUGGUGGAAGGAGGGCGAGAGGGGGUGACAGGCCUCCGCUCCUCCUGUCUGUGCCUCCACCCUGUAGGCCAGUUGGUCCAAGGCGAGUGCGGAUUGUGCCCACCUAUAACUUCUGCCAAGAACUCCCAUUUCACCCGCCUUCUCUGCCCCCCAACCCCCCACUCCCCAUUCCUUUGGGGACACCAGAAGAUGACUGCAUUCAGAUCCCCAUCAACCUCCCUUUUCAAGGCUCCACCUGGGAAGCAUAGGGAGGAGGGAAAGGCAGCGGAAAGCAGGACUUAGAGGAGUAUUUAUAAUGCAAGAGAGUGAGUGUGAGUGCGAGCAGGGCCUAUGCAGGUGAGUGAUCGCUCCAGGUUUGGGUGUGAGUGUGGAUGUACUGAGGUGGGUGCUUGCACGCUUACAGAGUCACGUACACUUGUAACCACUGGGACGGCUUCUGCACUUGCAUAGGGAGCCCAUAGAGUGGCUGGGUGCCUGCUGUGGCCCCUACCAGACGGAGGCGCCAUGUACAAGGGCCACAUGAGCACAGAGCUAAAUGUAUGUAUAUUUAUACCCAGAAAACGAGGUUGUCUCAGGAGUUACAGAGUGUAUUUUUUUUUUUUCUGGGUGGCCAUUGGUGCUAAGUUUCUCAGUGUGCGGUCCUACGUGACCCCCCCUCCCCCUUGUAAGCUCAUUUAAAGAUACAGAAAGGGUACUCGAUGCAGCACUGGGGGUUGGGGCAAAGGGGCAGCUUUGAGGCUUCUCAAUAAAACUGACUGAGAAUGA